CCCUAUGGGUCUCUAUGUAUUCCUAUGGGUCCCUGUGGGUUUCUAUGGGUCCCUACGUGUCCCUUUGGGAUCUCUAUGUGUCCCACUGUGCCCGGCCCCACGCUCAGGGCUCUCCAUCCCCCCACAGAUCCUCCACUACACCCCAGAGGAGGGCGCCUGGGUUGCCCCCGGCCCUUUCCAAGGGGUGCUGUCGUGGAACGGCUCCCACGGGACUCGGGAUAUUCAGGACCUGUCUGUUCGUCUGUCUGCUGUGGGGCGGCCCCACGCCGGGCUCUACGUCUGUCGCCUGCGUCGCAAUCUCACCUUCGAGGGCUACACGUACAGCCUGGCCCGUAACAAGAGUGUGAAGCUGGCUGUGGUGGAGAGCGGUACUGUGCCUUUAAGAGAGCUGGGGGGAGAGGGGGGGCGGUACUGUGCCUUUAAGAGAGUGGUACUGUGCCUUUAAGAGAGUGGUACUGUGCCUUUAAGAGAGGUGGGGGGAGAGGGGGGGCGGUACUGUGCCUUUAAGAGAGUGGUACUGUGCCUUU